AUGGCCACACCACAGCCAGAAGCUGCUCACUCACACCAACCAUCGUCUCCGGCAGCAUCCCGUCUGCCGGAGGAGCCCAAGGACGGUAAAGACGACCAGCCCUUCUUCUCUUGGCUCUCCCUCAGCGCCUUCGCUUUCUUGACCUUCAACAUCGCCAUCGCAGAGCUUAGGUCCAUCGAUAACCCCAGGGCCGUUGCCUUUACCGUCGCGUCCUACGUAGACUUCCUCUGCCUGUUCUGGUGCCUGAGGAGAUUCGAGGCGUCCAACGAGCGGGACAAAAGGUUGCUAAAAGUGGCUGUCUGGCUCCUGACCUCGCUGCUCACAGGAAUGUUCAGUUAUAAGGCGGCAGCAGUGGAGCCGUGGCCUGUGGCGGCGAUCUUGUGGGGUAUGAACUGCGUGACCACAAUGGGAGGCUUUUAUGUCGUCUUCAUGCAUAGGGAAAACUGCCCCCGUCCCCCGAGGAGCCUAUGAGAAAAUAAUUCCUUCACGUCAUUAGUUAUUUAUUUUUAUUUU